CUACAAGAGCUUGAAUCCCGCAUGAUUCGAAACAAAAAUUACACCUUCGGCCAAUGCAAUUCAGCGAUUGCUUGAUUCAUGUGAUUGGAUACGAUACCGAAGAUUUGGUGAAAGUGUGAUCCGACCAUCGCAUCGAGUCAGCAAUCCUACAACGGUAUCCAAUAUACAGUACAACUUGCUGCACUGAAAGUCCAACAAGCCAUGAAAUUCCCUCCCGCGUUGCAACCCUCGCGGGUCACGUUGCUCGGGUAUGGCGCUCUUUUAUCSGAAUCCUCGUCUCGACUCACGUUUCCGCACUUGGUAAGCUCGGUCCCGUCGUGUCUUAUACCGCGACACAGGUCGCUCUGAUAGUUGGGGUUGUCGUGCUGUGCUUGAACGGUGCAUCGCGUGGGACGCAGUAUUCGUUCUGCUAUCCACUCAUCGAUGUUGUCCCGUUGUCUUGUUUCCGAACGGUCGGCAACGCCAGACCAAUUUUCGUCACGUUCGGGUCCGAUGCAUGAGGCGCGUAUUUGCACACCCGCAUUUGUUUCUCCUCGGCGAAGACAUCGUAGAUUAUCCGAGCACGCUCAAGAUAGCCAGCCUUUCGGCCGAACCGGCACCCCCCGAAGUAUCUUUUGUCGCGGCAGCCUUCGAGGUUGUUUUGGACGAUGCGCAGCGCGAGGCUUUUUUGCGCCGGGAACCGGAAUACAAAAUCGAUACGACCCCGUUCUAUGCUCUGGAUGGCAAGGACGGAUCGGAAGCACUCGGCGAGGGCGUGGUUUGUCUCGCAUCCAGAGACGCCGACAUCGACCUGGCGAGGAUGCCGGAUGGCAUGAAAACGGUUUGGGAUUGGCCAUUGGAUUCCGGCCUUUUGCCGUUCUCGAUGUAUCUGAGACAUUGUUUGUUGGCCGUACAGAAAGCAGGAGGAGCCGCUCACGAGUCGUUCCUGAACGAUACGUAUUUGGUCGACCGAAAGACAACGCUCGCCCAGUAUCUCGACGAGUGUGGGGACGAAGUAAUGGGCAGCCUGCCCCCUCCACACCUGGAAAAUAGAUUUAGUGGGUGAACGCCAAGCAACUGCUGCAUGAGAAACGAAUUCGACUUCCAAUGGGCUGGAUAAGUAUACUGAUCUGGAACUUUGGACCRACAAAAUCCUUCAUGUUUUCGUUAUUGGCAUUUUGUUUCCCCCAUUGGGUCACCAGGAGUAAUAGAAMCCAAUCACACCA